GCCACCAUGCACUACCUGAAGACAGCUCUCCUGAUAGCCUUCAUCCUGGGGCUUUCUCUUCCAAAUAUCCCAGCAGCAAGAGGCACGAACACCGGCAAGGAAUGUUGCAGUGACUACAUAAAGAAACCCAUAAAAUUCUGUAAGGUGGUGAGCUGCCAAAAGACCUCCGUGGACUGCCUCAAGGAAGCUAUUGUGUUUAACACGGUCCAGAACCACACCAUCUGUGCUGAUCCCAACCAGAACUGGGUGAAGAAAGCAGUCAAAUUGUUGAAAACAUGGAAAUCGAAAACCAGACCUGCUUCUCGGAGGUGCUGAUUCCCCCAGUCCCCCUGCAGUGACUUCUGCCUCCAAAUGCCUGGAGAAACUGACUCUUCGGAGUCUUUCAUUCCUCUCCUCGGGCCGACGGGAACAGAUGAACCGGAGGAGGGCAAGAGCCGAGGCCUGGCUGUGCAGGAAUAAGCCCUCUGAGCUGCCAUGCUGCCUGGAUUUGGAAAUGUUUUCCCUGCUCCUCUCCCUUUUU